AUGCCAAUUAAAAGGAAGGAAUCAUCAUGGAUAAGAAAUCACCCACUUGAAGGAGAUAACAUUGUCUCUGGAUUUUAUAAUUUUCUCGCGAAGCGUAAUCCUAAAACAUUGAAGCCAUGUAGAGGAAUUUUCGUACCUGAUACAGUUGUAUUUGAACGCAACUUUCCCCGGGGGUGGUACGUAACUGAUGUCAAGGAGUGCGAAUUGAUGCGCAGGCAAGGCAAGGAUCUUGAUGCAUCCACAAUCAUUAAGGGAUUCACUGAGAACAUACCACCUACCUGUCCUAUUGUCGCUACCUACUUGUGUAGGUGCGAAAAGACUCUGGAAAACGGCGAAACUGAGAUGAGUACGCAAGUGGAAGUCUUCAACAAGAACACCAUCGUUGAUUUUCUUGCGAGUACUACAAAGGGUGAUGGCAUACUGCAAAAGUUUGUCUUACCCAAAGGCUACCACAAUAGCGUGAUCCAGGUAGUCUGGAGUCCACGUGUGUGUAUGGUGCAGCGCCGCACCAACAAAUUCACCGUCACGGACAAAAAGCGAGCGGAGGUGGACCCCUUUGGGUCGGCUGUGACCUAUGAGGGACCGCCCCACCUCAGUGAGGUCGCAACGGUCUCCAGUAAUGUCUCACUGACCGUUAAAAACCUAUGUGGGAACAUUGUGCAGCACUUUUACCACACCGAGCACAAAUUUAUUUCCAGGAUGGUUCUCUAUUUCAAAUCGGAUAAACGUGACCGGCUGUGGUUUUUGUGGUGUGGGUCGUUCAGAACGUCGGAUCGGAAUGUUUCCAGUGAGAUGCCCCUCAGCCUGGCUACUAACUUCAUCGAACCAGCAGACAAUAGUAGUUUCGAUGAGGAUAAGCUCUUGCUCGCUGCUGAUAACUCUUAUCUACGUGCCACAAAGGAUGAAAUGUUUUAUGAAAUGUACUUGAAGAAUGUGUCUUUAAAAAAAUCAUCCGGGGUGAGAAAGGAUAUCGCUUCUUCUCACUUGAAACUAACUUCUGAGGACAGUAAAAAAAUGGAGGAUGGAGAAAAUCCAGUCACUAACAUCAACAGUUUGUCGCUUAGCACCCAUCUUGUACAGGAGACGCUGGAACAGAUUACAUAUCAGCGGACAAUCACACUGGUCUUUUUUGAGGACCUUUUUUAUCAGGCUCGCAAUCAUUUCAUGUCGGUUCGAAACGAACCAUUUAUAUUUAAAGUCCCAUCCGAAAUUGUAAAUAAUCUCACAGAGGGAUUCAUUCUUGAACUUAUGUCAAUGCUACAUAUAACUUCAAAGCUCUGUGCUUCUGGGGCUGAACUUCACCAAUACGAGAUUAGCCCGGCACUUAAAACCCCCAUUACAAAGCUUCAAGAUGAUUCUAAACGUCGUAUCAAUGUGUUUUUCUCAGAAAAAAUAGAGAAGCUAAAGGCGUUUAAAGAAAAAAAUGGGAACACCCAAGAUGCGUCGUUGUCCGCAGACAAUCCCCAUGAUGACAUUAUUUGUAUAUAA